UGCUUAGUGCUUAUCAUAGAGACAAACAGACGCCGCAAAGCAACAGAUUCAUUUACGUAUGAGAGAAGAAGAAGGAAAAAGAGGAUAUAUUUUCCUUUGCUGUUGUUGGACUAACAAUGUCAGGGGCUAAACAUAUGACAAGAGCACAAAUCGUGGUAUGUGUGGCAUUUGGACUUACGUUGUUUUUGAGAAUCAUUUUGGCAAGCCAGGAAGAACCAGUUUGUACUUCAAGAUUUGAUUAUGACCAUAAAAUGUUACAGAAAAUGAUUAUGUUGGAAAUUGAACAGAAAAAUGCUAAAAUCAUUAUGGAGGAUAUGAAAACAGUGAUUGCAAAACUAAAAGAAGAAAGCAAUCAAGUCAGACCAAAAUUGGAAACGAUUGAAGAGAACGUUAUUAAGAUAGGAAAAGUUCAUUCACUUUCUGGAACUGGAAAUACAUACAUUCGUUGGGGACGAACACAAUGCCCACAAAAUGGAACAGAGCUGGUUUACAAAGGGUACGCUGGUGGUUCACAACAUAAUAUAGGAGCAACAGCUAACUUUUUAUGUUUACCAGAAGAACCAUUGUGGAAUGCUUAUGAAGAUGGAGAGCAGGUUUCCGGCACUGUCUGGGGAGCAGAAUAUGAAUUGUAUGGUAGAAAUAUGAACAAUUUCUUUGAGGUAACAUUGCACCAACAAGAUGUACCGUGCUGUGUAUGCCGGACAAAGCGAGCAAGUGUUUUGUUUAUACCUGGCCGUAACAAAUGCUAUGAUGGAUGGACAUUAGAAUAUGAAGGGUAUCUAUCGAGCGGACAUGACAGUCACCAUCCAUCUGAAUUUGUGUGUCUUGAUGCCAAACCAGAGAUAAUUGACGGUGGACAUGCCGAUGUAAAUGGAAAGCUUUUUUACUUCGUAGAAGCACGUUGUGGAUCCUUGCGAUGUCCACCAUAUGUACAUGGACGUGAACUAACAUGCGUCGUCUGCUCUAAAUAGCUUAUCAAGCAGAAGGAAUACUAUGUCAGUUAAGCUUUGAAAUAUAUAAUGACAAAAUGCACAUACAAUGUACUUCUUACGUAUAAAGAUGGGAUUUUUUAUUUGUGAUAAUAUAUCUUUCAUUCAUGUGAAUUACCCGUUGAACUCCUCGUUGUUCUUUUUUGUUGUUUUUUUUUUUAAAGAUAAGUGUUACCUAUUAUUCUUCUAUAUUAUUAUGGCAAAACUUAAGUUGUAAAUCUAUAUACAGGAGCAAAUUUUAAUAACCUAAGAUGUCAAUCAUAUCAAUAAGCUUUGUUGGUUCGCAGUGCAUUUUAUGCCAGUGUUCUUAAUGGACAUUAAGUAUAGUUGAAUAUAAUAUUUUAGAUAUUGGAACUGAAAACUUCUAAAGUCUGUCCUAGGGUGUGUGAGAAAUGUUAUAUCUUUAUACUUUAUCAAGAAUAAAUUAAGUAAAACUGGGUCUGCAACAAGGGAUUAUAUAUGAAGUAAAAAUAAAAUAUA